CAUAAUAGAUGCUUGGAAGGCCUAGCGGUAUCCCGUCAACGAUACAAUAUACCCGUGACACUCAUUCAACUGAAUGCAGUAGUUGGUGUAUUAAGUCCGCACACAUAUCAAUGGGCGAAUUAUAAACAGUAUAGGACAUUCCCAUUACAACAUAAAGCGAUUUGAUUGCGACGUGCUGCUGUAUAUAAACCAAUGAUGUCAUGAUUCCCGCUGCAGGACGGUACCGGAUUAUCAUACCAAACACUCGAAAGUCUCACCGGCCGGAGCAUACAGAAACAGCGGAGAGAAUACGAGAGCAGGGACCAAACACGAAAAUCAAUUAAGCGUUCAAGGUGGAUUAUAAGGCCGUGUGCUUCGAAGAACCGGCCAUCAUUUUGUUAUUUAGUUAUACAACGAACGAAUAAUUAUUGACAAUUGGAAGUUCUGCCUGGAACACGUUAGCUGUGCGUUCUAAUGACCCAUAUCGUGCAAUGUUUACAGUGUCUAUAUUUUGUACAAGGAUCCCCGCCCAAUAGUUAGGCAGCGACAUUGUAAGGGAACUGUCCUCGGCCUUAUGUCUAGAGGAACUCUACAUGAGGGAGAUUAUAGACGACAUAUCUGGAUGUAAGCAAACACGCGCUUCAAUCUCACCUGCAGUAUUGUUAUAUAUCAUAUCAGUUUUUUGUCAAUGGAAUCUUAGCUUGUAUCUUAUUAGAGUUUGUGUAAGAGUUUUACUGAAGUGUGCAUUAGUGGCUUAUCAUUGAAGUGCAACACAAGACGUGUUAAUAUCCACUACAACCUCGGGCAUUGAAGGACAUGGCGGUGGCGAUAGAGGCUACCAGAAUACCCCUAAAGAAGUGUUUAUAUCAGUAACAACUUAACAUAUCAUUUCAAAAAUAAAUAGCAAGAUGGCGCUGGAAUUAGACUCGGACGACAGUGACGUCGGGGAGGGGGGGCGUCGUGGGGACUGCAACAAGUACAAGGUUCGUUCUCAGAUCAACGAGGGCUACAAUACCUCACCGAAAAAACGGGACAUCAUAGAUACAUUCUUCACCUAUGUCAAUCGGGAUUUACUCAUAUGUAAACUCUUCUAUUUUUUCUUUUUCGCUGCUUUUGGAUCAUUGUUCCCCCUCCUAGCCAUCUACUUCAAACAACUAGGAAUGAAUCCUACCCAGAGCGGUAUUUUGAUUGGAUUCAGACCAUUUGUAGAAUUUUGCAGCGCCCCCUUCUGGGGAAGUUUGGCAGAUAAAUAUAAAAAGGGUAAACACUUAAUGCUGUUUUCCCUGUUCUGUUGGAUCGUGUUCACAUUGUCGAUUGCGUUCGUCAAACCCCCGCCUCAUCACUGUGUUGAAACUAAUAUCACAUACAAGCUCCAGAGUCCGCCAGGUUACGUGUCCCGUGACAGCGUGUUGCGGGGCAGACGUAGCGUGUUGCUGGGGCGGAAGGUCAGGGAAGAACCGUUCCCAGCGCUGCCAAAGAUACGGAAUGAUUUGGAUAAAAGGAUAGACAUGAUGAAUAAAAGUGAAGGUGUUCCAUACAAUGUGCCUGGAAAAGUUCCCUCAGGAAGCAAAAAACCAUCAGAUGAGUAUGUGAAAUUCCAACCCUUAACAGCAAAGCCAGCAGUCAAAACGACGAUACAGGUAAAACCCACCCAAAAGACGCAGCUAUCGCAUGCAAUUCCCUCAACUGCUACGAUGCCACACGAGGCCACCAUAACUAAGCCUGGGGCAUCGGACAGCCCAAAGGGAAGCUAUAUCAAACCGAAGUACAGCACCAUAUACUACGAGAAACAUUCUGUUCAGGAUGUGUUCUUCACACUCUUGCUGCUUGUGGUUAUUGGCGAGUUCUUUAGUGCCCCAGCUAUUACUUUUGCAGACUCGGUUACGCUUACCUAUCUGGGUGACGAUACCGAUAAUUAUGGCAGGCAAAGGAUGUUCGGGUCUCUCGGAUGGGGCUUCUCUAUGUUUUUUGUCGGCUUAGCAUUAGAUCAGUCGACGACGUUUCCAAAUCACCCAUGUGGGUUACAACACCAGGCAGAAAAGGACUACACGAUAUGUUUCGCCGUCUUUUCUGUGCUCAUGUCCUGUGCCUUAUUCACAGCAACCCAAUUGAAAUUCGACCAUCGGCAUGGCGGCGGGAAGGACUUCCAACUCGUGGAGUUUGUGGAAAAGGUCAAGGAUAGAGUUAUGGAAACGAUCACUGGAAAGCGUCCCCUAGACAGAGGAAGUCUGUUCCGCGACGAAGAAGAUGAUGACAUCGACUAUCUCGAAUCGAAGGCAACGAUGCAAAAACAAAUGGAGACGGGUAACGCCAUCAAUUCUUGUACGGAGGAAGACCCAAAUAAAUUACAACAGCCGAAUGGAAACGGCAAAAAUAUUCAAAUAUCACUAGAAACUCGUCAGGAUAUGGUGUCCGACGUCACUAAGAAACCAGUGAGCAUCACAGGACAGGAGGAAGAUGAUGACGAGCCGUUUUUGGGAAGAUGGAUUGCUGUCAUGCGAUUGCUAGCCACGUACAAAUACAUAACCGUUCUGUUUGUGUCCUGGUUCAUGGGGUUCGGGAUAGGCCUAAUUUUUACCUUCCUCUUCUGGCACCUCCAAGACCUGGGAGGCAGUCCUACUCUUUUCGGGGUCGCCUCGGUCUGCAACCAUAUAUCAGAACUGCUGGCCUAUUUUCUAAGCCGUAAGCUCAUCUCGCGUAUGGGACACAUACGGGUUAUGUAUGCAGGGCUACUCGGCAACGUUGUUCGAUUUAUGUACAUAUCCUGGCUAAAAAGUCCAUGGUGGGUCCUUCCGUUCGAGUUCGUCCAAGGUUUGACCCACGCGGCAGUAUGGGCAGCAUGCUGUUCCUACAUAACACAAGCCAUACCCACGGGACUGCGCUCUUCCGCCCAAGGCAUCCUCCAGGGACUACAUCACGGCCUCGGACGCGGAUGUGGGGCGGUGUUCGGUGGCAUAAUGGUCUACAGCUACGGAGCGGAAGUGACGUUCCGAGCAUACGGUGUUACUUGUUUGAUAUUGCUGAUCCUGUACAUUGUCAUGAACUUUUUCAUCGUGGAUCAUGGCAAAUUUUCGUUUGGAAGUCACGAAAAGCACGAAAUUCUCGAGGAGGAGGACAACAUUUGUCACCUGGCGCCACACGGUGUUCCUUCUGGCAUGGCACGUGACCUCUCUAGCAACAAGCUCCGGGAAGAAGGUAUGACCAACUAUGGAGCCACAAGCUACGUACCUAACGGACCCGGGGAUGAUUUCUACCCGGAUAACUUUGACAAUGAUACACAAAAGAUAACGACAAACGAGCCCCCAGCCAUGGCCACACAAGUCUACCAGCAGCAGCCAUAUAAUACUUACGACCAACGCUAUGGGCCAUAGAUUCAAAACAACACCUUAGACCAAUGCUGUGGACAAAAGAUGGAACUCAACACCUUCGACCAACUAUACGCGCCACAGACUGAACAGAAGAACUCACGACUAACGGUACAGACCAUUGAUGUAACAACUUGACACCUUUAACUAGCGAAAACGACCAUGGAGUCAAUAGAAUAAAAAGUUCGACCAGUCAUACGGACCCCAAUUUCAAUACAAUAACACUUCAAACCAACGAUAUGUUGAACAUUCAAUCUAACCAAUCAAGUAUACGGACCAUAUUUAACUAUAGCUCUCGUCCGACUCAAAUUACGGACCAAUAUAUAAAACCCUUCAUGUGAUUUGACCAAUGGAACGGACCUUAUAUCAACCUUUACACAUCCAACCUACGGAAUAGACCACCUAUCUCGUUUGACUUCAAGACAUAUAUAUAUAUCGUUUAUAUAUCGCAUUUAAGGAAGAAGAUAAUGAAACAGUUACUAACGUACGUAUACGCAGUCCUUCUCAUCGUAAAUACAAGUUGGUUCGAAACUGCACUGCUACAUACUGGUGUUAUAAUAACCUGACAGUGAGCAUGUACAACAAAAGCAGUGAAAUGUUCAUCGCGAGACAUCCCUUAAUGUAUCGUGUUAGUCCUGUGGGACAAACAUGCUAUUUUGUAGUCAACAAAUAACCAUCUGAUGUAUUUAUUAUGACACAAACAUACAUCGCAGUUAGUUGUCACAUGAUGCAUUCGUUUUUGCAAAUUGAUAACCGUAGAAAUAUCAUUCAACGAAACAAUGAGGAAAGGAAUCAUUAAAGCCCGGCCACUACAGCAUACAUUGAAGGGCAGGUUAUUAUGCUCCGUUCGUUUUUCCCCGUUCAAUCAUUACGUAGUUUACAUAAGAAUUAGACGCUGAUAUCAUACUCUCCUGAUGCUUUCAGAUUAUACAUCGCUUGUCAAUAUUUUUCCUAUGUAUAAGCCAAACAUCUCAUCCUGUAAAAAAUAUCAAUUUAGCAGAAUUAUCAAAUACACAUUAGUUUGUCUCUACGGAAAUCGUUUAAUGAUCGAUAUUUCUUCAUGGUACUUGUUCAUUGAUGUAGUUCCUGAAAGGAUUAGUCCUAAAGCGUUCUUUUACAUACCGUGUAUGUCGUAUUAUGUCUGUUUUAGAUGUCAAUUAAAUUAUAAAUAGAUAUGAGUUUCGUGUGGAGUAUGGACAUGCUACGAAAAUCGUAUAAAAACAUCCUACAUGUAUAGCAUAACUGCUAAAUUUAAUGUAGAAUACUAUCACGAUAAUCGAUUUCAUACACAUGCACGUGUUAGCUGAGAAAUAAAAGAUCACAUUGAGAUGAGAAAAAGGAUAAACUUGAAAAAUAUGAAGAAGGAGCAAAUUUGGAUUUGAUCAUUUUUAACGGUGCUAACGUCAGCAAAAUUCAUAUAUUUAUGACCUGGCCGUUUGUCGUGACAAAAGUUUUGUAACCGGAAUAUCUUUCAAACCCCAUAAAUCUUUGAUCCGACGCUGUAAUCGUUAAGUCGUAAGUAAGUGUCUAACAUAGACAUGUGAUACAUCAUACCUAUACAUGGCUUUAUGUGCUUUGUCGGUGCGUCAGUUAUGGAUGAGUCCGAUCACACGUCAUCUAGAUCUUACUUUAUCAAGCUACUGUUACACGUCCCAGUCUGUAUUAUGUAGAUGACCAUCAACGAACACACUGGUGAUUUAACAAUGCUCUUUCAUCUGGUGUCUACUUGUCACGAUCAAUCAGGCAAAAUCUCAGUAAAAAAAAGAACGAAAAGUAGUAAGUUUCAUGGAGUUGAUAUACUAACGACUGUUCUUAUUUGUUGUCAAUAUAAGUAGAAAACUGUAAUCUUAUGUAGUAGACAGCAACACUUAACAUCAGGAAACCAUUUACGCACGUUUAUAGGAAUCUUGAUGUAAAAGGCAGGAGAACACAGUAAGUGGUCACACUGACAGUGCUGAAUGUGUUAAGCCCCUUUAUUGUACACAUGUUUUCAUUACAGGGACGACUAAUAUAAAGUGUCACAGAGUUAUGCCCCUUUACAUGUUUAAAUAUGUGUGUAGUUGUAGAGUCUGUAUGGUAAGUGACGAGUUGAUGUACAUGUUGUAAAGGAAACAGACAGGUAGACGUAUUAUGUAUGUGAUAUCGUUUAAUAAAUAAAUUCUAAAUUAGCUACAAUACAUAUUUACCUAGUAUAACACAUGUAAAUGAUUCAAUAUGAAUCUUUAAUAUUAUAAUGAAUUUUGUAUUCAGUUUAUGUUACAUUGUUAAUUGUUUUAACUAUUGCUGUUGAAUGAAUUGUUGAGAACAAUGUACGUACUACCAGCAUCAUUAUUACUAGUGCUUCGUGGAUAUCAGUGGAACCAAUGGUAAUGUGUUUGCCUUUAUGGCAGUCUAGCGAGAGGCUUAACAUCAUUCCAUUAAUUUAUACAUUUACACAUAAUCGACUCUGCUUGUGCCAUAUUCCCAUUUUGAGGUGAUAUCAUCAACAACGUACUUUGUAUAUAUAUCAUGAAAUUUUAGCCAUGAUUCGUGAAUUACACUGGCAUCAAUGGAUUUUCAAGAAAGAAACAAUAAAUACAAUAUGAUGCAGAUCGCAAGCUAUGUCAUUGCAAAGGCUGUGUCAUUGAUUGGUUCAACAUUAUCCAUAAAAAUUCAUGUAGCGUUUCUAAAUAUUCCCUCUUGUAGUGAUUUGAAUAGAACUCGUAUAGCGUAUAGACUAAUUAGAAGUGUACUGUUUUGUGAUGAUAUCUCUCUGUUACAAUAGAUAGAGCUGUCACGAAGCUUCACAUCGUAAUACUUCCAACAGGAUUGUUACUUGCUGCUUGACAUUCAGUGACAUUCCAGGAGAGCGCCAGUCAUUCAGAUACUUUCAGGUUAUUUCAAUUAGCGAGUACAAAAAUGCUUUAUAGCGUAUACCGGUGUACUUGUUUAGACAAUACAUUUAUUAGUAUACACAAUUCGGAUAUUCUGUAUAUUGUUAAGUGAUUGUUAUCAAAUAAAUGUUGAGGUACAUACCGAAGUGUAUGAGACAAUAAAUGCACAAGUGAGCUAAGCAUCAUGCGGAUAUUGUUUACGAUACUAAGUGAGUGUUAACGUUUAGUUACACACCGAAGUGAACCAGACAGUAAGUGCAGUGGGAAGCUGAGCAUCACGCGGAUAUUGUUUACGAUACUAAGUGAGUGUUAACUUUUAGUUACACACCGAAGUGAACCAGACAGUAAGUGCAGUGGGAAGCUGAUCAUCACGCGGAUAGUGUUUACAAUAUUAAGUGAAUGGUAUAGAACUAUUGUUUGAGUGCAUUAUGGGAUGGAACAGUACAUUAGUGAAUAUCAUGUGGAAAUCGUUGAUAGUUCAUUGUUAUCUAAGUGAUAUAGUAGUUCGUGCAGAGGCGUUUGAAAGUAGGCAACACAAGCAUUUUAAACAUCUUGCGAAUAUUGAUUAUAAUUUCUUGUGAUUGUUAUUAAACUACGAUGACGUAUAUACCGAGGUGAUCGAGACAAUAAAAGCACAAGUAAGCAUAACGUGGACAUUGUUAAUAGUGGUGAGUGAUUGUUCUGUGCAGCAUUUGAGUACAUGCCGAGGACGAGAGUCUAGACAAUACAUUUACUAGCCUAUACCAUGCGGCUAUUUAUCUGUUUUAUCCAAUAUUCCGUAUAGUGUGUAGUGAGUAUUACAUAUAUAUCGAAUUAUAUAGACUAGGGUACCUUUCACUUGAGCAUUAACUUUGUACAAAGUGGUACAUACCACGUGGAGACCUUCCGUGUCCCCGAUAUCAUAUACUUGUAGUAAAUGUUAAUACAGUUAGUAGCUGUGUUUUGUGAUAAAACGGUUAUUGUUGUUGUUUUAUUCUGAAACAUAUAGUGUUGGAACCACCAAAUGCAAUUCUGUAGAAAUAAAAUGAAAAUAAAUUGCAAUCUAGA